CGAGUAUAGCAAUCGGAUUUUCAGUCGAAUGUUGUAUAUUGUUAAUCAUUUACGUUUGAAGAUAACAACGCAGUAUACCAUUCGUGAUUCAAAUCAAUAUCGAUGUCGUACUGUUUUGAUUACAGUAGCGAUGAUACAGAAGAUGAUGAUCAAUAUGACGAAGAAGACGUCAACUGUAAUGAAUAUGACGACGACGAUUUCUAUAAGUCUGAUGAUCAAUUCGACGGAAGAAAUCAGAUCUCUGAUUAUGCUGGUGAAGGUACAAAUCGAACUGAUUCUGAAGAGGAAUCAUUCAAUAGUAAUGUUGUUGACUCGCCUGGUGGGAAAACCAAGUUGUGGAAACCUAUUGUUCCUAAAGAUUUUAUGCCAGAUGUAGAUGCUAUAUAUCAAUCAUUAGAGGAGGCGGUUGAAAUGUAUAAAUUAUAUGCAGAUAAAGCAGGUUUUGGUGUCAGGUUAAAUACAGUAACGAGGUUUGGUGACAAAACCAUUAAAAAAAGGUAUGUAGUUUGCAACAAAAUGGGUAAAAUACCUAACAGAUCAACUGACACUUUGGAUCCUGAGGGGAGUGGAAGGAAUAAACGAAACUCAAACUUCAAAAUUACGGACUGCAAGGCAUUGAUAAAGUUUGAAAGGUUACAUAUGCAAACUAAUGCUUGUAAAAUAUAUGAGUUUGAAGAGAAUCACAACCACCCCCUAGAGACUAAAGAAGAAAGAUGGUAUUCCAAACGUGCACGACGACUUAGUUACAAAGACAAGGAGUUUAUAGUGCGUUCUUCAACAUCUAACAUUGGUGCAACAAAGGCACACAAGUUACAAGCUAGUUUGCAAGGAGGUUAUGAAAACAUUGGCCCUGAAUCAAUUGAUUAUAAAAAUUUCAGAAGGAAGGUGGGAAACAUUAUUGGUGACAAGGAUGCACAGCUGGUUGUUGACAAAAUGAACAUGAGGAAAGAUGAGUUUCAUAAUUACACAUUUGAGUAUAAAUGUGUUGAUAGUAUGGAAUGA